AUGCCGACUUCCACUCGCGCGACAGCUGCGGAAACCAGUGAACCCGAAAACGUCGCAGUGGCCCAACUCACUCGCCAACUUCACGCCCUGGAAGGCGUAGUCUCCGGUCUCCGUCGCGAAAUCAUUCAACUAUCGCAGGAUGAUACCGCCAAUUCGAGUUCCUCCGGCAACGGCUUCUCCAUGAGCCGUCUCCGCCGACCCUUCCUUAUCGCUUCUACAAGCCCCAAUCGGGCUGCGUCGAUGCUGCUCCGCCUUGUAAGCAACGCUCCAACAGACAGUCUGAUCGAGCUCAUCCGCGUCUGUUUCGACGCGCCUGUCGGCCGCGUGGGUGAUCGUCAAAGCGUGCGCACCGUCGGUGUACUUCUCUGCGAUGAACUUCUGCGACGCGAUCCGAAUAACGUGCACGCGCUCUGUCUGAAGGGCGAAGCUCUUGUUUCAUGUGCUCAUUACGGGAAGAAUGACCCCUACGCGCCUCGAUCUGUAAUGCAGGAGGCAUAUGAACUUUUUGACACGGCUAGCAAACUUGGAUCGCAUACGGCUACUUUUCUUAAGGGACGAUGGUUGCUUACCAUGGAACCGCUUCACAGGAAUGCUGAGCAGGCACAUCUGGGUGUGACUUGCGUGAAGGCGGCGGCACGGGAACUGUGUCCACGUGCUUUAGUUUUCCUAGCACACCGAUAUGAAACGCCCCAACUCGAUAGUAGUUUUUCGUUUGCCUCGGAUCUUCCAAAAGGCAAGGCCCAGAAAGAACGCUUCAUUCUUGGAUAUUACAAAAAAGCAGCCGAACUCGGGAAUGCAGAUGCCAUUAACGACUUGGGCACAUCUUAUGCGGAGGGUUACGGUAAUCUAGAGUGCGACUUCGACAAGGCUGUUGAGCAGUACAUUCUUGGCAUCGAGGCAGGAAGUCUGCAUGCUUAUGAUAACGUUGGGACGCAUUAUGAGACUGGCAUGGCAGGUAGAUUCCCGGGCCGCAUUCAUUUGGGAAAGGCUUUGUACUACUAUCGGUUAGGGGCAAAGCAGCGAUGUCCAAAGUGCACUUACAAUCUUGCUGUUGCCUAUGACGAAGGCAUGUCUGGGACCGUGUCUAUGAAUAACAAAAAGGCUGAGAACUACUACAUCCACGCGAUUCGUCUGGCUGAAGAUUCGAACGAUGCAGUGGUUGUUGCAAAAGCGGCUAAGGACCUUGUCGCACUGUACAUCACUCGUAUUAAGGUCAAUCGUCCCGACUCGAUACAGGUAACUUCCGCGCGCAGACGGCUGUUUAGUGUCGUGGGUGACGAGGACAUUAUUCAGCAGACUUUACUUCAAGUUAACAAGUCGAUUGCUACUGCAAUGCGUGGGAAGAUCACUGCUUUGAGCAAAUUGGUUGGCGACAUGAACUGCAAAACGAUCGUAAAGCACGCUAAAGCCGUUGAUCAAAUGGUAAAAAGGGACAAAGCAUCUGAGACAAACGCAAAGCUUUUGUUUCAUAUUCUUGGAGUACCGGAAACCCCGAAAUCUCCAGAGGCUGCGAUAGGAGCUGUCGGGCAGAAGAGGACCAGGGCCGCUACGCGAAGGGCUUUGAACAGCUCUCGGAAGAAACGGAAGACCACCACUUCUGCGCGGAAGUCCACUUCUCGGAAGUAAUGCCAGGUCACUCACACAGAGCUGAUCCAACCUUCAUGCCUGCAGAUAUCCACUGAUUUCUUCUAAUACCUAGAUACUGCACAACUCAUUAAGAUUUUGCAGUGGGCCGUGUGAGACUAUGAAAGCAGGCAACGCGUCUCCGGGAAUCGGAAUGAAUCGCUUUUCGGCGUGAAAUGUGAGGAUACAACGCUCUGCCCGGCAGUUGCACUAGUAGACUUCGAAGUCUGAAAGUGGAACAGAGCUGGAUUGCCGUGGAAGACGGGAGAAAGGGAACACAGCAAAGAAGGAAAAAUUUUCGAGCACACGUUCGCGUACAAACGUACCGCUUCCCUUCAUAGUUCCCGACGAAGAAUGGCUCGGUUUCUCAUGAAAAAGUUCAGGGGCACAAGCCAACACUGAAGUCAUGUUUCGCGUAGUGUACAUUCUUCGCCCAAUAAACAAUUCCCUCGUUCACCGAAA